GCGCGUCGCCUUCCUGGGCGGCGCCGCCCGGGCCACUACAGCGCCCACAAGGCCCUGCGGCCGGGGGGGGGGCAGAGAGAGUGGGCGCGCGCGAGAGUGACGUCAGGCGGGGGCGGCGUCCCUCCGUCCCUCCCGGAAGCGCGUGUCUCUCUCUCACUCCCGGCGGGCGGAAGCGGAAGCGGAGGCAAGCCUGCGGGGCCCUUCUGUCUCCUCGUCGUUCCCCCAGCUCCCCCGGGCGGGGCGAGGCGAGAUGGCGCUGCUGGAGGGCGUCGGGGACGAGGUGGCGGCGCUCUUCGGGGCGCUGCUGGCGGCGGCGCUGCUGGGCCUGGCCUGGCUCUCCACGCGGACCGCGCCGGGCGGCGGAGGGGGCGGGGCGGAGGGGGAAGCUGCCCCCCCGCGCCUGCGCCCCGCCGCCCCGCCCCCCGCGCGCGACGGAGCCCGCCAGCCCCGGGCGGGCGGCGGGGGCGGGGCCGAGGAGGAGCAGGAGGAGGAGUCGGGGGCGGGGCCCGGGGCGGCGGGGGAGCCGGCCCCCCCCUUCCUGCUCCGGCUGAAGUUCCUGAACGAGACGGAGCGGCUGGCCCGGGUCCGCCCCGGAGACACGGUGGGGGCCCUGAAGAGGCUCUACUUCCCGGGCCAGGAGCAGCUGGUGCGCCUCAUCUACCAGGGCCAGCUCCUCCGGGACGACGGGCAGACCUUGGCCGCCCUGCACCUGACCCACAACAGCGUCCUCCACUGCCACGUCUCCCAGCGCCGGGCCUCGCCGGGCCCCUCUUCGGGCGCCGGAUCCCGGAGCCGCCCGGAAGCCGCCCGGCCGGCCUUGAACGUGGGUGGCCUGAUGGUGCCGCUGAUGGUGCUGAUGCUGGGCGCCCUCUGGUACUUCCAGGUGCAGCACCGGCACGCCUUCACCGCCACGGCCACCACCUGCCUGGCCGGCCUCACCCUCCUCUUCAGCUUCGUGGCCUUUGCCGCCUACCGCAGAUAGCGGCCGGGCCCUGCGCCGAGACUUGUCUACCCCCCACACACAGCCGGACAAAGGACGCCAGGGUGGGGGCGCCGGCUCUCUUGGGGGCCUGAGCUCGGAGCCCCGUGGCCGGGUUAGGGUCUUUCCGCGGAUCGCCUGGCCCUCCCCAGCCCUGGCAGGAGAUGACCCCCCCCCUUGCCGACGGUUCUUCUUUUUCCAUUAAAGCUGUGAAGGAAA